UUAUCAGUUGAUUCUCAGCUUCUCUUGACUAAAGUUUACAAGUUUUAUUUUUAUUUUUCAAUCAUUUAUCAUUUUUAUUAAUACUGUUGUUUUGCAAUAAUAAAAUCAAUUACUAAUUGUAAAUUAUUAAGUAUAAAAUAAAAAAUUAUUUUAUAAAACAAGAAAUUAUUUUUAAAAAAGUUCUCGUGAAAAAAAAAUCGUAUUUUAUCGGAAAAACAAAAAUAUUUAAAUCAUGAAUUCGUCAAAAAUCCCCUUUACAUUGACACAUGACACUGGAAAACUCAGUUUGGGUCAGAGAAUUUUUUACGAAGAAAAUGGUUUUAUUUUAUUUCCCCGUUUAAUGCCUAUGGAUGUCUUGAAAAGAUGUGAUGAGAGAUUUGAAGAAAUUGCUUCUGGUAAAUUACCAAAGGGAACAAUGGUAGUAAUGAAAGAUGUUAAUGAUCGAAAGUCAGUUAACAAAAUUCAAGAUUUUGUUUUUGAUGAUGUUCUAAGGGAAUAUAUUGAACAUAAAGAUAUUUUAGACAUUGUUGAAUCAUUCACUGGACCAAAUAUUAUGGCAAUGCACACAAUGUUAAUUGCCAAACCACCUGAUAUUGGUUUUGGUAGUUCAAGACAUCCACCACAUCAGGACUUGUAUUAUUUUCCAUUUCGACCGGAAGAAAAAGUUGUAGCUGCUUGGACGGCGAUUGAAGAAUGUAAUAUUGAAAAUGGUUGUCUUUAUGUUUUGCCAGGUUCUCAUAAAAAAUAUCCAUUGCUUCCUCACGUUUAUCCUCCUGGAUCUGUGAAUAAACUUUAUCAUGGCAUUCAGAAUUUAAAGGAACCCUUAAAUUGGGUUUAUCUGAAAAUGGAUCCUGGUGAUACGGUUUUCUUUCAUCCUAAACUCAUUCACGGAUCUGGUGUUAAUAAUUCAAAAGGUACAAGGAAAGCAAUUUCUGCCCACUAUGCAUCUAGUGAUUGUCACUAUAUUGAGGUUAAAGGAACCAUACAGGAAAAAAUACAAGACGAAGUUCUUGAAGUUGCCAAACGUAAAUAUCCAGGUAUGGAUAUUAGUUUCACAGAUGUUUGGCGUUACAAAUCAAAUAUAGUGCGAGGAAUACGAUCCUCACUCUAAAAAAAAAAAAAAAAACUGAAUUACAACUGAAAGAAAAAUUUUAUAUUCCUGCCACAAAAAUAAAAAUAAAAAAAAACAAUUCCA